AUGAAUUCGCCCGCGACUCGUCUUUUCGCCGCGCGGCCGCUCGUGCUGAGCUUGGCCAAGCUUGUCGUCCUCACCUUUUCUCACUUCCCUCUCGCAACGGCCGCUCCCGUCCUCUCAUCUUACAUUCUCUCGCCGACCGAAGCCGAACCAUCGAUCGAGCCCUCCGAUCCAAACUUAUGGCUGUACCUGGGAAUCUCCGCAGCCCUUGUGCUGAGUGGUGGAGCUUUCGCGGGACUUACAAUCGCCUUGAUGGGCCAAGAUGAGGUCUACUUGCAGGUGAUCAAGACGUCUGGGGAAGAAUCGGAAAAGAAAUAUGCCGCCAGUGUGUUGAACCUGCUGAAACGUGGGAAGCACUGGGUGCUCGUUACUCUUCUUCUAAGCAACGUGAUCACGAACGAGACACUGCCGAUCGUUCUCGAUCGGACCCUCGGCGGCGGGUGGCCGGCGGUCUUGGGAAGUACCGCAUUGAUCGUCAUCUUCGGAGAAGUCGUUCCCCAAUCUAUCUGUGUUCGUUACGGGCUACCGAUCGGCGCCUGGAUGGCACCCUGUGUCCUGCUCCUGAUGUACGUCAUGUCACCUGUUGCCUGGCCGGUCGCCAAGCUACUGGACCGGCUCCUCGGCGAGGACCAUGGCACUAUCUACAAAAAGGCCGGUUUGAAGACACUCGUCACAUUGCACAAAACAUUGGGCGAGGCCGGAGAGCAGCUCAACUCAGACGAAGUCACCAUAAUCAGCGCCGUCCUAGACUUGAAGGAGAAAUCCGUCGGAAGCAUCAUGACGCCGAUGGAAGAUGUAUUCACCAUGUCUGCCGAUACCAUCCUUGAUGAGCAUACCAUGGAUCUCAUCCUGUCCCAAGGAUAUUCUCGCAUACCCAUCCACGCGCCUGAGAAUCCGGUGAACUUUGUCGGUAUGCUGCUCGUCAAAAUGCUCAUUACCUACGACCCGGAAGACUGCAAGCGUGUUCGCGAAUUCGCCCUGGCAACGCUGCCAGAAACGCGACCUGAGACCAGCUGCUUGGAUAUCGUCAACUUCUUCCAGGAAGGAAAGUCCCAUAUGGUACUUGUAUCCGAAUAUCCAAGUGAAGAUCGAGGGGCUCUCGGAGUUGUUACCCUCGAAGAUGUGAUUGAAGAAUUGAUUGGCGAAGAAAUCAUUGAUGAAUCUGAUGUCUUCAUUGAUGUCCACAAGGCCAUCCGUCGGAUGGCACCCGCUCCCAAAUCUCGUGUUCCCAAGGGAAAGAUUAUCGAAGAGCCACCUAUGUCUGUUUCUCACCCAGAUGGCGAGUUGAUUGAGGACGAAGCGCGAUCUACGUCCGUUCCAAGGCGCUCAGAUCCUCCCCGUCGUCGAAGCUCUGUUGAACCACCUCCUCCACGAUUCCAGCUGCGCAAACAAAAUGGCGACAUCACUUCCAUUUCCAAUGAACCGUGGUUCACCCAAAGAGGCGCCACGGAUGAAAUCCGUGAACACCUCAAGCACCUUGGCCCCUCCAACCUGGCCAGUCGUCCUCGACAAACCCGGUACAAUACUGUGAAAAUCAAACGAAGUGGCAACUCCCCAUCCCGCUCAGCCCAGACCGAUUUCGAAUCUGGGCAGAGCACAUCUGAUUCCCAGCGUCUGUUUACAAACACUGCCUACCAGGGUGGAAUCGGUGCCGGCCUUGUUAGCUCGGGAGUUGACGCAAAGGAUGGUACCCAUGCUCUCAAGCUUGGCUACGGCACCAUUCCUGCCUUCGAACAUAGCCCGCGAGAUACCACCUCCCACGAUAACAUCUCUCGUAACUAUAACGACUCUGAAUCUAAUCACCAUGGCUACGAUUCGCAUGAAACCCAGCCUGUUGACCUUAUCAUCGACAAUACAGAUACGCAACCAUACAAGGAUCUCCCCCCGCUCUCUAUCCCCGAAGCUGUUCACGAAGAGCGCGAAGAGCGCGAAGAGCGCGAAGAGCGACCUAUCUCUGGGUCCACGCGCAAAGGCAGUUCGGGGACCUGCAGUGUUCGCUCUACGGAAUCUCACACAGAAUUUAUAUACCACCACCGCGGUCCAGCCCGAAGUGGUAGCAUCACAGAACAAAUCGUGGACGUCAACGGCAUUCGCAAGGUCGUCCUUCACACCACCGCCACUAGCUCAUCGGACGGCGAGCACUCGCCGCGCCCCACUGGCGACUCUUCACCUAGUCAUAGAACCGAUGCGACAGAUCCAGAUGCUUUGAAUUUGGAACUUCCUGAUGCACAUUCAAACUCCAAGUCAAAAAAGCGCCGUCGUCGUAAGAAGCAUGGACAACACUCCAAACCCGCGGACGGCGGUCCUUCUGAGGAUCAACCUCUCUUGCAAUAA